AUGGCGGAAGAUUUUACUAUAAAUGGGUACCAUGAGAUACGCUGGAACUCAAGACGAAAAGAUGGCGUCUUUUUGAAGAUAGAAGGUUUGAAUUUUAUCGACUGUGUAGAACAGUGUCUUCGAAGAAAAAGAUGCCUAUCCAUUAAUUACUCGAGAAUUAGAUUACAUUGCGAGUUAAAUUGUGAAGAUCCAGAUUGGUUAUUUUAUAUCGGAACCGUAAGCACUUACUUAGUCUACAACAACGGCCUUAUAGAAGAGGAUAACGAAUAUGUCUACAGUCAUAUGAGUCAGUGGAAUGUGGAUAUUGUUGGAAGCUGUGCUAAUCACAACUGCGGUCUAAAUGAGUUGUGCGUCGGUGUUAGAGGCACAACUAAAUACGUCUGUAAAAUAUCAGAAUGCAGCUCUCCGCCUAGUUUCCUCAACGCUGACCUUGUGAUAGAACCAAACACGCAAACUGUGUUUGGAAUAGGCUUGGUAAAGAGCUAUCAAUUAAAGGAAGGAUACAUGCCGUCAUCAAAUGAACACGACUUUCAAAUGACCUGUCAUGAUGAUGGAAAUUGGAUAGGUUAUCAAUCUGGAAACAAUGGACAAAUACCACAGUGUGACUUUCUAAAACAAUCAUCGUCUGUAGAAUCUGUGAAACUCGAUACCCAGUUUGUACGAGUACCAGUGGUUCUGGAAGAUGGAAGGAAAUGGAUGGUAAUUCAACGACGAUGUACAGGAACAGUGAAUUUCAACAGAACAAAGGAAGAGUACAAAACUGGAUUUGGUUCUCUGGACUCCGAGUUUUGGAUUGGCAAUGAAGCUAUCCAUAGACUAACAUUGGAAGGAUUUCACAUUCUACAUGUUGAACUUGUUGCUGAUAACAGACGGUAUUUUGGACAAUACUCUUGGUUUGACGUUUCUUCUCAAGCGAAUGGCUACCAAGUUCAGUUCAACAAUUUCACAGGCAACAUUUCGGAAACUUUGAGCUAUUUUAAUGGAAUGAGGUUUUCUGCAUGGGAUGACGACAAUGAUGAGGCGACCGUAAACUGCGCACUCACAAAUAAUGGAGGAUGGUGGUUCAGGGAAUGUCAUCGAGCCAACGUUAACGGUAUGUAUGGUGAGCGAUCGACGAGAGGAUUAUCUUGGUUGAUGUCCAAGGGAGUGUGGAUAUAUCCAUCGCAUGUAAUUUUGAUGGUUCAGAAACCCUAA